AUGGCAGACUUUGUGAUGGAUUACCCUAAAACAAUCUUGCCAAACUUGGCCUUCACGGGGGGCAUCAACUGUGCCAGUACCAACUGCCUUACACCUUAUACCCCUCACCAUGACUCUUCAACCCAGAGAUAUAAGACAUUCUGCUCUUCCUCCAACAAGAGAUGGCCACAACAGAGAUGGCUCCAACCUUGGCCCUGGCCUCUGGUGGGGCUGGCUCUCUGUGUUAUCUUCCUGGGCUUUGCCAAAGGGGAGAAGCUGCUGGUGAUCCCCUUCGAUGGCAGCCAUUGGCUCAGCAUGCGUGAAGUGGUCCAGGAGCUCAGUCUGAGAAGCCAUCAAAGUGUCGUACUGGCACCGGAGGUGUUCUUGCAUAUCAGGCAAGAAGAGUCCUACAUUUUGAAGACCUUUCCAGUAACUUUGAGCAAGGACCUUUUCCAUGAGAUGAUGCGCAAUAAUUUCCAUAAGAUCUUUCACCAAGAACCUUUCCUGAAGAGACUUUUUGAUAUGAUUACAGUCAUGAAGAAUGCCAGUGAAAUUAACGUUGGUUUUUGUAAGGAGUUAUUCUAUAACAAGGACCUGAUGAAGUCCCUGGAAGAGGCCCACUAUGAUGCCAUUUUAACUGCUCCUUUUUCUCCCUGUGGAGCAGUAGUGGCACAGUAUCUGUUUGUUCCAGCUGUUUACUUCUUGCGAGGACUCCCAUGUGAUUUAGAUGCCGAAAGCACUCAGUGCCCUGACCCACCUUCCUAUAUCCCCAGACUGGGCACAGAAAACACAGACCGGAUGACAUUCCUACAGAGGGUAAAGAACAUUCUAUACUCUUUGUUCCAGAAGGGAGUGUGCCAUAUGUUACAUUCACCUUUUACAAGGCUGGAUUCAGAAAUCCUUCAGAGAGAUGUGAAUAUAGUGGAUGUACUGAGCCAUGGAUCUGUGUGGCUGGUGAGGACAGACUUUGUGAUGGAUUACCCUAAACCCAUCAUGCCAAACAUGGUCUUCAUUGGGGGCAUCAACUGUGCCAGUGCCAAGCAGCUCACUCAGGAAUUUGAAACCCAUGUGAAUGCUUCUGGGGAACAUGGAAUUGUGGUCUUCUCCCUGGGCUCUUUGGUCUUAGAUAUCCCAAUCACUAAAGCCAUGGAAAUUGCUGAAGCUUUGGGCACAAUACCUCAGACAGUAUUGUGGCGGUACACUGGAACACCACCAACUAAUCUAGCUAAGAACACCAAACUUGUGAAAUGGCUUCCACAGAAUGAUCUGCUUGCUCACCCAAAGACCCGGGCAUUCAUCACUCAUGCUGGCUCUCAUGGUGUCUACGAAGGACUGUGUAAUGGAGUGCCAGUGGUGUUGAUGCCUUUGUUUGCAGAUCAGAUGGACAAUGCUAAACGCAUGGAGUCAAAAGGGGCAGGAGUGACGCUGAACGUCCUUGAAAUGACAUCUGAUGAUCUCAGCAAGGCACUGAAGAAGGUUAUCAAUGAUAAAAGCUAUAAGGAAAACAUCAUACAUCUGUCAGCUCUUCACAAAGAUCGGCCUAUCAGUCCCCUUGACCUUGCUGUGUUCUGGGUGGAAUUUGUGAUGAGAAACAAAGGGGCCCCACAUUUACGUGCUGCUGCCCAUGACCUCAACUGGAUCCAGUACCAUUCCUUGGAUGUCAUUGCUUUCCUCCUGGCUAUUGUAUUGACUGUUGUACUAAUUGUUGUGAAAUGUCUAAAGUUUUGUUUUCAGAAAUGCUUUGGUAAAAAAGGAAAAGCUAAGAAAGCCACCAAACCUAAGUCUCAUUGAGCCACACUUCAAAAACUAGAUAAAUUUUACUUUGUUCUCCCUAUGGUUUCUGAAAAUGUACCCAUAUGAAUUCCAUGCACACCCAAGCACACAAAUACACAUAUGUAUCCUCAUACAGAUAACUAAUUUUCA